AUGAUCGAUUCAGUUCGAUUUCUGAUCGAAAACUGGGAAAACAUCGGAAAUUCGUUGCUCUACAAAUUCAAGGACCAAAAAUUCCUGCUAGCUGCUUUAAAGGGUCUUCGGAAUGGAUUGGUAUAUGGAGUUCGAAUUCGUGCGCCACACGCCUUGGUGAUGGUGUUCCUGUUCGGAGAGGGAACUGUGCUCGAAAAACUGCUCACCAUCUUCCGGCUCACCAAAACACACGCAUUGAACCUUGCCAAAUUCGUCUUCUCCUACAAAUUCCUCCAAGGAGCUCUAUCCGAAAUGGAUGGCAAGAAAAAAGAGUGGCAUAGUGCGGCGGCGGCGUUUGUCAUGGGCUACUAUGUGUUCGGAGAGAACAAUGCGGUUAACAUGCAGAUCAACUUGUACUUGCUAUCCCGUGUCGUGGUAGGGCUCACCAAACUAGCUGCCAAUGAAGAAAUCAUUCCUCAGCCAAACUUCCCGGUGUUCCCUUGGUUUGCCGCGGCGGUUUGGGGUCUGGUCCUUUGGCUGUUCGAAUUUCAUCCUACAGUACUCCAAGGAUCUCUACAAAAAUCCAUGACCUAUUUGUACCAUGACUCGAACUUUUGGACUGAUAUUAAGACUUUCUUGUUGAGAAACAAGUAG